GCGAAAAAGCGACAACGACGUGGCCGACCCACGAAAUCCAACAAAGAUGCUGGAAGUAGUGGUGCCAAUGAGACAGCUGUGGAAGAUCAAGAAGCUGUUCGACUGGGCACCACGCGGUGCACUGCUAUUCGCAACAUCCUCCGCUACGCCACGAAGGAAAGCUGGGCAUGGAUGACAAGUCAUGUGUCAUGGUGCCAGGGAUACAGGCAAUCUGCACUGAGUGAUCAGCUACUUGCAUCCAAAUUCCUUUGGCCUAUGAGUCCAUCUCCACCAGGCCUUUUGCCAAAUGAGCAGCAAGAGGCCUCUGCUCGAAUGGCUUCAGACAUGGCAUUGAGGAUGGUGCCGGAGGGGGUGAAGGUCAACUUGACAGACUUCAGGAGCCAUUUGUCUGUAGAGGAGCACAACCUCCUGGUCAGGAAGUUGGUUGCACAGUUUGAGCUCAGUGUGCAAUCCUUGCCAGCGGAGGCAGCAAGGCAACGCCCCGGCUUGGACAAGCUGAUGCGCAGUCGGCAAGUCAUUUGUCUGUGGAGCCGAUGCAUGAAGGGCUGCUGUGAGCAAGACUUGCUGGCUGAUGAUCUCAAGUCAGUGACCCAAGUCAUUGAAGAAGGUGAUGUUUUGGAUGAACAGGUGCAGUAUGUGAAGAUGUCGACAUGUCAGAGGAGAAAGCUGUGGAAAGGGCAGCGAGACACACAUGUCACCUACAAGCUCUUCAUGAUGCAUGACAACUUGAAGGUUGCCUUUGCUGAGAACAAGUGGUGUGCAUCAUCCGCUGUGCUCACUGCCAAGAUCACAG